AUGUUGCAAAGGGGGACUGAAGACAUGGAACAUUGUGUGUGGCGUAGAAUUGGCUUCAAGGACAGACAGGAAUUCUUUUUCCAUUUAGUGGAGAAAGCGAUUUCAGUAUUGCAUUCGUGCGUAGUUAUUAUCUUUUCUAUUAGGCAUUUUAGCAGUGGGACGCGGGGUUUCAUUCCACUGCUGUCUUCACCACUCUGGAUCCAUUUUGAAUACACGCAAUCAACAACUACUAGAGGGAGGAGUGGUGAACGGAAAAUGUGGAAGGAGGUUUCAAUUUAUUUUGAUCCAUCCACUUUAGUGCGGGUCUGGUUGCAAAUGGGAACGUGA